CGUUCAAUAAGAUCACGGUGCCACUCUUUUUCCUGCUGUGGAUUUACUGCGUCGCUGGCAAGGAGGUGAAGGUGAACAUUGGUGAACUUUGUCACUGUGCCAGUCCCUGGGUGCCUUGCUUCAGGAAGGUGAUCAUCGCUGACAUUCGGCAUCUUUCGCUUCAAAUUCUUUUUGAAGCGAAUUGGUGUGAGAUGCUGCUCCUGGGAUCUCCUACGUCCACCUGGAGAACUGACCCUCCGGCAGUGCAGCACUAUCUCGGCGCUGACCCUCCGGCCGUGCCCUGUCCCCUCGGCGCUGACCCGCCGGCAGCGCGGCACUCCCUCGGCGCUGACCCGCCGGCAGCGCGGCUCUCCCUCGCCACUGACCCUCCGGCUGUGCCCUGUCCCCUCGGCGCUGACCCACCGGCAGCGCAGCUCUCCCUCGGCACUGACCCUCCGGCCGUGCCCUGUCCCCUCGGCGCUGACCCGCCAGCAGCGCGGCUCUCACUCGGCAAUGACCUUCUGGCCGUGCCCUGUCCCCUCGGCGCUGACCCGCCGGCAGCGCGGCUUUCCCUCGGCACUGACCCACCGGCCGUGCCCUGUUCCCUCGGCAAUGACCUUCCGACCGUGCCCUGUCCCCUCGGCGCUGACCCGCCGGCAGCGCGGCUCUCCCUCAGCGCUGCCCCGCCGGGCUGCCUUGGAGUGUGA